AUGACCGACUACAAAGUCGCCGAUAUAUCUCUCGCUGAAUAUGGCCGCAAAGAAAUCUCAAUGGCCGAGGCCGAAAUGCCUGCGCUGAUGUCUUUGCGUAACACGUACAUGGAUCAACAGCCUCUAGCUGGGGCUAAGAUCAUCGGCUGUAUUCAUAUGACCAUUCAGACUGCUGUGUUAAUUGAAACCCUCACAGCCCUGGGUGCCGAAGUGCGCUGGUCGUCCUGUAACAUUUUCUCCACUCAGGACCACGCCGCUGCAGCCAUGGCGCAAAGCGGUGUACCUGUGUUUGCCUGGAAAGGUGAGACCGAAGAAGAGUACGAAUGGUGCAUUCAGCAAACCAUUUUGAAGGACGGUAAGCCGUGGGAUGCCAACCUUCUGCUUGACGAUGGCGGCGACCUGACCCAGAUCAUCCACAACGAAUACCCGCAGAUGCUGAAAACCAUUCACGGCAUCAGCGAAGAGACCACCACAGGUGUUCAUCGUCUGCUGGAAAUGAUGCGCGAAGAUCAACUUAAAGUGCCCGCGAUCAAUGUGAAUGACGCCAUCACCAAAUCUAAAAAUGACAACCGCUAUGGCUGUCGCCACAGCUUGAACGACGCCGUGAAAAGAGCGACAGAUAUGCUCAUGGCCGGCAAACGCGCACUGGUUGUUGGCUACGGAGACGUUGGCAAAGGUUCAGCUCAGAGCCUGCGUCAGGAAGGCAUGAUUGUACGGGUCAGUGAAAUAGACCCUAUCUGCGCAAUGCAGGCGUGUAUGGAUGGUUACGAAGUUGUCUCUGCUUACAAAAACGGCAUCAAUACCGGCCGCACCGAAGACAUCGACAUGCGUUUAAUGCAGGACACUGACCUGAUUGUGACCUGCACCGGCAACGCUGACGUGUGUGACGCGGCCAUGCUGCAAACCAUCAAGUCCGGCGCUGUCGUGUGUAACAUUGGCCAUUUCGACAACGAAAUUGAUACUGCAUACAUGCGCAAGAACUGGCGUUGGGACAAGGUUAAAGACCAGGUUCACCAGAUCUUCCGCUCUGAUGACCGCUUUGACUACAUUGUCUUACUGUCCGAGGGUCGCCUGGUUAACCUGGGCAAUGCCACAGGCCACCCUUCCCGCAUCAUGGACGGCUCAUUUGCGAACCAGGUGCUCGCACAGAUGCACCUGUUCGAGCAGGCCUGGGCUGACCAGCCUGAGAAUCAGCGCGCGCCGAUCACCGUUGAAGUACUGCCGAAGAAACUGGACGAAGAAGUGGCUGCACUGAUGGUUAAAGGCUUUGGUGGUGUGGUUACACAACUUACCGAUACUCAGGCCAAAUACAUCGGAACUCACGGCGCCAUGCAAUCACUGCAGAACAUUAUCAAACUGCUGGAUCUCACCGAGAUAGAGCAGAACCACUACCUCGCAACCAGCCCCAAUGAGGGCUGGCAGCGGGUCUAUGGUGGCCAGGUGAUUGGUCAGGCAAUGGUGGCCGCUUCGAGGACCGUUGAAGAAAGCCGCCAUGCACACUCGCUGCAUGGUUACUUUCUGCGCGCAGGUGAUACCCGUAUUCCUAUCCUUUAUAAAGUGGAUCGCAUUCGUGACGGCCGCAGUUUUACCACCAGGAGGGUGGUGGCGAUCCAGCGAGGUGAAGCGAUCUUCACUUUAUCCAUCUCCUUUCAGGUGGAGGAAGAAGGACUCUCACAUCAGUUUCCCAUGCCAAAAACCGCAUCACCGGACGCACUGGUGGACGAAAGCGAAUUACGCGCUGAACAGGCCAAAGACUGGCCAGAGGAGUUUCAGGACUCUUUCAGCAGUACGUCACCGAUACAGAUGCGCCCGGUAGACCCUCAGGAUCUGAUGAAUCCGGCUCCCGCACCACCCUCACAGAUGUGCUGGAUGCGCACCCGGGAAGCAUUGCCUGAUGAUCAACGACUACAUCAGUGUGUGUUGGCUUAUCUGUCAGACUGGUCGCUGCUGGAUACUGCAACGCGGCCGCAUGCCAUCAGUUUUAUGCAGGACAAUGUGCAGAUGGCCAGUCUUGACCACGCCAUGUGGUUCCACCGACCGUUUCGCGCGGAUGAAUGGCUGCUCUACGCCCAGGACAGCCCUGCUGCCAGCGGCGCCAGAGGCUUUAACCGCGGCCUGAUCUAUAACCAGGCCGGUGAUCUGGUGGCCUCUACCACCCAGGAGGGCUUAAUGCGCAUGCACAGCGCACCUCGCCAGCCGGGACCACCGGGUGUCGGUAAAACCGAGCUGGCGAAAACCACCGCAGAGAUGUUUGCUCUGCCUAUGAUCCGGCUGCAGUGUUACGAAGGCCUGGAUGAAGCCAAAGCAAUCUACGAAUGGAAAUACGGCAAGCAGCUGCUUUACACCCAGGUGUUGAAGGAGGCGUUAGACGAGGUGCUUGAUGGCGCCAAAGGUUUUACUCAAUCGGUUAAGCGCCUGCAUGAAUUUGGUGACAUUUUCUUUUCCGAAGAAUUCCUAGAACCCCGCCCGUUGAUGAAAGCACUGCAGGAAGACGAUGGCUGCAUCCUGCUGAUUGACGAAAUUGACAAGUCUGACCACGAAUUUGAAUCGAUGCUGUUGGAAAUUCUUUCCGAUUUCCAGAUCUCCAUUCCUGAAAUUGGCACCAUCAAAGCCAACAAAGAACCGCCCAUGGUGUUUUUGACUUCCAACAACACCCGUGAAAUUUCAGACGCCCUGAAACGGCGCUGUCUGCACCUGUAUAUCCCGUUCCCAGAUGUGGAACUGGAACAGCGUAUUAUUCGUGCCCGCGUACCUGAGGUGUCGGACGAGUUACGUCGUCAGAUGGUUGAGUUCAUUCAUGAACUGCGCGGCCUGGACCUGAAGAAAGUUCCGGCUAUUUCGGAAACCAUAGACUGGGCGCGUACGCUGUUACUGCUGCACACCGAGUCGUUGGAACCCAAACUGGUUAAAGACACGCUGAAUGUCAUUCUCAAAUUCCAGGAAGACAUCGAAAACGUUACGCUGGAUGCCAUGAAUACCGUUGAGCUAGUGGGCUAUCGUGAUCGUGAAUUUCUGAAGCAUUCGCUGUCGCUGGUGUUGCCUAAAACAUCUGACGAAAAAGAAACCUUUGAUCGUUGCUUCGACGAGUUUUUCACCUUCGAAGAGCUCAGCGGCGACCGCGACAGCGCGGCAGCAGAUAGCGAUGGCGAAGCCGGCGAAGAUCAGGAUGGUGAAGGUGGCGAAGGUGGUAGUGGUGGCCAACGCCCGCCAGGAGAACCUGCCAGCGGCAAAAAGAAGAAAAGCAAAGCCAAGAAGCCGAACAAUCUGUAUGAAGAAGAACCCGAAGAGGAUCUCGGCCCCGGUGAGAUGAGUGAAGCCAGCGGCGAAUUGUCGCAACUGCUCAUGUCCAACUCCAAAGUUGAACUGACCGUCGCGAUGGCAGAGGCUGGCGAAGCGAUUGGCGUGCGGGAAAUCAAGAUUUUCACCCAGAAGGGUUUGUACACCCGGCGCAUCAUGGAUGAAAUGGGCCUGGCAGAUCUCAAUCAGGAGAUCAGCAACCUGCGCGAAGCCCCGUCCAUACCCGCCCGUCGACUGGGGCAGGAGUUAAAACGCCGCCGUGAUUGGCUGCGGGAACAGGUGCGCGACUAUGUCGAGCGGCAGUUUCUACUCAAUGCCGAUGUCUCUGGCAGAAAGUUGCGCGAAGAGCUGCUGCGCAAGGUCAAACUGUCUAACGUAGAACACCGGAAUUUCCGCCUGAUCCAGGAAAUGGUGUUCAAGAUGGCCAAAAAGCUGACCACCAUGCAUUCCCGCCGCAAGAAAGUUUUCAAACGCGGCGCAUUGAACGUACCGCGCACCUUGCGGCAUAACAUGUCCUACGACGGCGCCAUUUUUGAUCUGCAUUGGAAGUCGGUAAAAAUUGACCGGCCCAAGGUCUUUGCCAUAUGUGACGUGUCCGGCUCCGUUGCCACCUACGCACGUUUUAUGCUGAUGUUCUUAUACAGCCUCGAUGAAGUGAUGCCUAAAGUACGCAGCUUUGCAUUCUCCUCAGAUCUUGCAGAAGUCACUGACCUCUUCAACCGAAAUAAGAUAGAAGACGCCAUUGCCAAAGUGUUGCGCGACUAUGCCGGCGGCUCUACAGAUUACGGUCAGGCGUUUCUGGAUUUUCGUAAACUGUGUAUGGAUGACGUCGAUAACCGCACUACAAUCAUUAUUCUCGGUGAUGCGCGCAACAACUAUGGCGAAGCUCACGCUGAGAUUCUGAAAGAAAUGUACGACCGCAGUAAGCGUGUUAUCUGGUUGAAUCCUGAAUCCCGGGUUUCCUGGAAUACCGGAUUCGGGCUGGCCACUGUUAUCUUCUUCGGGCUGCUCAUGUGGGGGCUGCAGAUUCUGGCCAGCAUGGUGGGCUCUAGCACCGUAUCGGCCAAAGCUGUUGAUGCAGAGAAUCAGAGCAUCACGAUUGCCAUCGCAGCGGAACCCCCUCAACUGGACUCAACCCUGGCCACAGACGCCUCUUCCGGCAUGGUACUAGGACAUGUCAUGGAGGGGUUACUGCGCAACAGCAUGGACGAUAAGCUGGAAGCUGCUAUCGCCGAACGCUGGGAAGUCACCGAAACACAGGCGACAUUCUGGCUGCGGGACGACGCCCGCUGGAGUGAUGGCCAACCGAUUACCGCCCACGACUUUGUGUUUGCCUGGCAAACUGCCCUGAAACCGGAAAACGCGUCCGAGUAUGCGUUCCUGCUUUACCCCAUCAAAAAUGGCAGAGCCGUCAACGAAGGCGAACUUCCAUAUACCGAACUGGGCGUCACGGCGAUAGACGAUCAAACCCUGGUUGUCGAUCUUGAACGACCCAUAGCGUUCUUCGAUAAACUGGUCGCAUUUCCAACGUACCUGCCCAUCCGCGAAGACUUCUACAAUUCGACCAACGGUCGCUUUGGUGCAGACGCCUGGGAGAUGUUGUAUUCAGGGCCGUUUACGAUCUCUUCAUGGAUCCAUGGCUCCAGCCUCCUGUUAGAACGCAAUCCCUACUACUGGGAUCAGGAAAGUAUUUCUCUGCAACAGAUCAAUAUCGGUUACAUCACCUCUGAUAGCACUGCAAAACUGAAUUUCUUCAAAGACAACAGGAUUGCGUUCACCACCCUGUUAGCAGAAAACCUUACCAACGCCAUGGCCCAACGCUGGCAUAUUGAGCGCACCCAGGACGGCACUGUCUUCUUCCUGGACUUCAAUCACCGACCAGACCACGUCACCAGUAACCGCAAUCUUCGCAAGGCCCUGCAACUGGUUCUGGAUAUGGAAGAGCUGGUUUACAAGGUCACUAAAUUACCAGGAUACAUUCCUGGUGAAUCCUUGUUCCCGAACUUCCUGCAGGGUGUUGAAGAUAAAUUUCGCAAAGAAUAUCCGGCGCCUGAACUUGUCCUUGAUCACGACCAAGCGCUGCAACAUCUGGAGCUCGCCAGGCAGGAAUUAGGCGUCGAAGAAAUUCCGGAACUGAUUCUGCUAAGCGGCGACAAUCCGCUGUCAAGCCUGCAAUCAGAGUGGGUGCAGGAGGUGUUGCGCACCAAACUGGGUAUCUCGGUGAAAAUCGAUAAACAGAUCUUCAAACAACGCCUGGCUAAAAUGACCGCCGGUGAAUUUGAUAUGGUGCUUGCGGGCUGGGGUCCGGACUAUGACGAUCCGCUGACCUUUGGCGACCUAUACGCCUCCUGGAAUAAAAAUAAUCGGGGUUUGUACAACAACCCGGAAAUGGACCGCCUCAUUGAACAGGCGCAGAACUCGGUAAACCCGCGCGCCCGUAUGGAAAUUUUUGCCGCCAUUCAACAGCUUCUAUUCGACGAUGUUGCCCAGCUGCCGAUGUAUGAACGAGGCGUGACCUUCGUGACCCACCCGCAUCUGAAAAACGUCAAGCAACGGGUUAUAGGCGCGUCUACGGACUUCACCCGUCUUAUCACUGUGUGGUUCAUUGCUACCGCCACUUUUUUUGCCAUGCACGCUGUGCCUGGCGAUCCGCUUUCCGGCGAUAAAGCUUUAAGCGACAAAAUACGCGCAAACCUUGAAGCCAAAUACGGCUUGGAUAAGCCGCUGAUGACUCAAUACGGUAUUUAUCUGAGCAACAUCGCCCGGGGUGACUUUGGCAUCUCUUUCACCCAGGAAAAUCGUAAGGUCAACGACAUCAUCCGCGAGCAUUUUCCCGUAUCAGCAACCUUAGGCAUUCUGGCCAUUCUGUUUGCUGGUGCCGGCGGGAUUCUGUGGGGUGCAUUAACUGCCCUGUAUCGAAAUCGGUUGCCUGACACCAUUAUUAUGUUUCUGGUCAUUCUCGGCAUAUCGGUGCCUUCUUUUGUUGUCGCAGCGAUUGGCCAGCUCAGUCUCGUAAACAUUAAUGACGUUGCGGGUUUUUCAAUCUUGCCUAUCGGCGGCUGGGGAACUGUUUGGCAUAUGAUUGUGCCCUCGAUGGUCCUUGGCCUAGGCACCAUGGCGUAUCUUACGCGCCUGAUGCGCUCGUCGAUGCUUGAGAUCAUCAGCUCUGAUUUUGUUCGCACUGCAAAAGCCAAAGGCGUACCGGCAACGAAAAUAUUUACCCGCCACCAGUUACGCAACGCGAUUCUGCCUGUCAUAACCGUGCUUGGGCCUUCUAUCGCCGGGAUUACUACCGGCGGUUUUGUGGUUGAGAUUAUCUUUGCCAUCCCCGGUCUUGGUCGUUACUUUGUCCAGGCCGUACAACAGCUGGAUUACACCGUCAUCAUGGGCACCACGGUUUUCUUCGGUGCGUUCCUGGUCUUCAUGGUCAUUCUGGUCGAUAUUAUUUACGGCUAUGUUGAUGCGUGGAUUCGUCUGAAAGCCAACCGGAGGGCUUUGUAUUCCCUGUAUCUGGUUGCUGGCUUACUCCUGUUUACAUUUAUUGGCCCUGUGCUCUGGCAGAUCGACCCUUCCGUGCAGGAUGUCGAUCAGAUCAGUCAGCCGCCAUUUGCCAACAGAACGGUACAACUGGUGCCGGAAUACGAGCCCUGGUAUCCGUCCAGCGAAUUGUCCAGCCCUGGCCUCAACUUCGUGCAGCCACCCACCACUCAAUACGUUCGUUUGACAUGGGAUAAAAACCCUGUCGCGACCGGAGGUUAUCGGGUUUACAGGAACCUGUUUCCGAUCGGAGCUGAACGGGCCUAUGGACUGCCAUUGCAGGAAACCGGCGCAGAAGAGAACUUUUUCGAAGAUCGCCUGGAUCUUAAGCCACGCAAUUAUUUCUAUUCCAUUGUCGCUCUUGAUGCGAACGGUAAUGAGUUACACGAUCACGUUGAUACGAUAGAAGGUGAGGUGAUACGUGUCAUGGCACCUCGCGAGGCCAUCUCCCGCGGCAUGUUGGGCACCGAGGAGGAGCCGGUCUUUGGCACCCAAUACACGCUGCCCCUGCACCCUCUGGGCACAGAUUAUCUGGGACGAGACAUGCUCGCUCGACUGAUGCAUGGCGCCCGAGUGUCUCUGUUCAUCGGUUUUUUCGCCCCAUUCAUCUUCGUCUUGAUUGGCGUUGCUUACGGUAGCGUUGCCGGUUUUCUCGGUGGCAUGACCGAUCAGGUCUUAAUGCGUUUUGCCGACUUUGUGGUUGCGUUACCUUUCCUGUUGUUCAUGAUUUUAUUCAAGGUGGUUUUUGCCAUUGGGCCAGGUGAAAGCGGCAUUAUGCCCAUGCUGCUGGCGAUGGUACUGCUGUUGUGGCCAUCAACCGCUCGCCUGGUACGUGGUCAGAUCCUGCAGAUCCGUGAAGAAGGCUAUAUCAGUGCGUCACGUCUGCUGGGCGCAAAAACCAACUACCUGGUUCUACGUCACAUGAUCCCCAACACCAUGGGGGUGAUUCUGGUCACCAUCACCUUUGCAGUGCCCAGCGCAAUUUUCACCGAAGCUUUCCUGUCAUUCAUUGGCAUGGGUGUUGCGCCGCCUACCCCAUCCUGGGGUUCGAUGUGUAAUGAAGGCAUUAAAACCAUGCUGACCACACCUCAUGAACUGAUCUUCCCCGCGCUGUUGAUCAGCGUGACCGUCCUGGCCUUCAACCUGCUGGGUGACGGCUUGCGGGAUGCCUUGGAUGCGCGCAUGCAUCUGGCCGUUGAAUUUGACACCUACGGCGGCACCGUGCAGGCGGUACGUGGGGUUAGCUUUGAUGUUGCACCCGGUAAAACACUGGCUAUUGUGGGUGAAUCCGGUUGUGGCAAAUCCGUAACCGUACAAAGCAUCAUGGGUUUGAUACCGAUACCACCCGGGCGGAUUACCGCAGGGACCGCAAUGAUGAAUGGCGUCGAUAUCAUCGGCCGCAAAACCAUCAAUGGCGAAGAUAUCCGCGGCGGCCAGAUCGGUAUGAUCUUUCAGGACCCGAUGACGUCGUUAAACCCCACUAUGAACAUCGGCAACCAGAUUGCUGAAACGCUGAUCGUGCAUCGCGGUUACAGCAAACGUCAGGCGUUCAACCGGGCGAUAGAGUUACUGGCGCUGACCAAAAUCCCAGAGCCUGAAAAGCGCGCUAAGCAAUAUCCGUUUGAGUUUUCCGGCGGCAUGUUACAGCGCGCAAUGAUUGCCAUGGCUAUCGCCUGCGAGCCCCAGAUCCUGAUCGCUGAUGAACCGACCACAGCCCUGGAUGUGACCAUUCAGGCACAGAUUCUUGAUCUGCUGGCAGACCUUCAGCGCGAAACCAAUAUGGCCAUUAUUCUGAUUACCCAUGAUCUGGGUGUUGUUGCACGCAUGGCUGACGAAGUGUUGGUGAUGUAUGCCGGCCAAAUGGUAGAACAUGGCUAUGUCGACGAUAUCUUCUACCGCUCCAGCCAUCCAUAUACCAUGGGGCUGCGAGCUGCGAUGCCAACAAACAAGCCAGGCGUUGAUGCGCGCCUGACCCCGAUUGACGGCUCCCCACCUGACCUGUUCCAUCCGCCAGCGGGCUGUGGCUAUUGUGCACGUUGCCCACAUGCGAUGCAGAUCUGUGUGGAUAAUCCCCCCGAGACCUACAUCCUCGGGGUCCGGCGCAUGAGCAAUCUUGUCAGCAUCAAGAACCUCGUCAAGUACUUCGAUAUCGGUCCGAACCAACGGGUCCAUGCGGUUGACGACAUUUCACUGGAUAUCGGCGAACGCGAAAUUGUCGGCCUGGUCGGCGAAAGUGGCUCCGGCAAAUCAACCCUCGGCAAAGCCGUGGUUGGACUGCAUGAUAAAACCAGCGGCAGCGUCAGCUUUAAAGGCGAAUUGCUACCGCAGAAAUAUGGUCCUCAGGACUUCCAGCGCCACGCCACCCAUAUGCAGAUGAUCUUUCAGGAUCCGUACUCGUCUCUGAAUCCUCGUAUGACUGUGGGCGAAAUCAUUGGUGAAGGGUUACGCCUGCACCGGCAGCUACCCUCUGCAACCGUACGCGACACAGUGGCUGAAUGGCUUGAACGUGUGGGUCUGGAAGCGGACCACAUGUCCCGAUAUCCCCAUGAAUUUUCUGGUGGCCAGCGUCAGCGUAUCGGCAUUGCACGCGCACUGAUACUUGAACCUGAGUUUGUAGUCUGUGAUGAGCCAAUUUCCGCCCUUGACGUUUCUGUACAGGCGCAGGUGGUCAACCUGCUGGACGAACUGAAGAAAAGCAUGGGCCUGACACUGCUUUUUAUCGCCCACGACUUAUCUAUGGUGCGUUAUGUCAGCGAUCGCAUGGCGGUCAUGUACCUGGGCAGCCUGGUAGAAGUUGGCACCGCGAAUGAGCUGUUUUUCAAUCCUAAACACCCUUAUACCCAGAUUCUGAUUGGCUCAAACCCAGAGCCAGACCCGCAACUGGAGCGACAGCGACCUUCAACCGCGAUUGAAGGCGAGAUCCCCUCUCCAGUUAAUGUUCCGGUGAAUGGUGAGGCGCUGGACAAGCUUGGGCCAGCGAACAUCACCUGGAUAAUUGCCUGGCCAGAUAAAGAAACUCGGGACAGCGCUAUGCCUGGCAUUUUUUCUGGUGAUGAAUGGGAGAAGAUAUUCGCCGACGUCCCCGGUGGAUUACCUAACUACCUGCGCAUGGAAUCCAAAUUUACUGAGUCUUUGCUUUAA